UAAAAGGUUUUAUCCGUUUUUGAAAUUAAUGGGUUGGAUUUUGAUUUUCCAAAACUCAAUCUGCUAAAGUAAAACGACAUUAUUUGUUGGAAUUUAUCGAUGUUAGGAGAAAUAAUUUAUACUUAUGUUCGUAAGCUCAUGAAUACUUAUGCACCGAUGACAUCAGUUAGAUUGGGUUAAAUUUGCUCUUCCAAAACUCAAAAGAUAUUUUAGCAAGUUAUUUUAACACAUACACCCGCUAAGCAGCUAUAUUUGAAUUUAGCCAAUGUCGACGGCUCCAACUGCAAAGCAUAAAGCCGUCUUUCUUCGAUGAAACAAGAGUCUGCAAAUGGUUUAAUCAAGAAGAGGAAUUCCAAUCAGUCCAAACAAUACAGUUAUUAAAUGAAUUAUAUAAAUGCGAAGAGAUCAAACUCUCGACCGCUCUUGAUCAUAUUGUAUUAUAUAAAAGCAGCUUAUUACCUACCGUGCUCAAGAACACAGCCAUGGCGAUGAUGAUUCCCAGUAUCACCAAGUUGGCCAUCUUGCUUCCCUUCAUAUCAUGGAUGUACGCAGGCCUUCUGCCUUCAAGCGAAUCGGCCAGAAAUACGAUUUCUCCACGACGACGGGGGGAAGAAUGAUGCUCCAACAAUGGCUCGGGCCAAUUCUAGCAACUUGUACGCCUAUGUAAUAAUAACGGUAUUAUGAUUGUGUGUGUAUACGAUGGGCAAGAACCGCCAUCUGCACCGGCCUAGCAGUAACAGAGCAACGCCGACUGUCGCCGGCAGGCGACCUCGUACAACUUCCGGCAAUGCUUCCAUUCAGCAAGGAGAGUCCUGUGAGAUGAUAUGAUAUCUGCAGCAGGGUACAGUACCCUCCGACUUAUUCUAAUGAGUGUGAGCCCGGAUACUACCUGGCUUGCGAUUGUGGAACAUGCAUAUGCUAUUCCUAUCCUUUUUGAUAGAGCCAAUUUUCCUCCCCUGCUUUCCAGCUGAGAUGAGUCCAAUAUAGUACGUAGUUUGCGAGCAAACUUGUGGUGUGGUAGCACUACAAGGAAAAUGGCCUAUGCCACGAAACCGCUGCUAAGAUUUGCGGAAUUAAUUGUAGAAAGGGUUAGUUGUACGGGUCAGAAGUCCUUGCUAGCCUUAAACAGUUAAAUCUAAUUGCGUACUCUUUUAAAUAUAUAUUGGGGCUAGUUGGUCCAGUUAUUGGUACCAGUUGCAUAUAGCUUCCGUUUAUGAGAUGGAAGAUGCAUGCAAAUCUGGCAGCCAGUUGCAUCUUGAUCGUGAAGGCAGUCGUCCAAUUAGCUUUCUUCAGACACAUGCAUUUCUGGCAGCCAGUUUGCCACUGCUUUCACGUGCUUCUUCUCAGCUGUCAUUGCACUCUUCAAGGUUCAAACAAAUCCCUUGACAAAUAUAAACUUCCCAAAUGAGUUUGCUUUGUCGCUAGUUAUAUGUAAGUUAACUUCUGGGAGAGAAGAUGGGAGCGUGUUCUGGGGCGACGCUUCGGAGAUGCCAACUCUUUUGCCAAUGGAUGGAUGAGGCUGAAUUGAUCGAACUGGGUUUCCAGGGACCGCAAUUUACCUGGUUUAGAGGUGAUACCCUAAGCACUAGGAAAGCCAGUCGGAUUUACCGCUCUCUUUGCAAUGCAGCUUGGAAUUUAAACUUCCCCAAUACAACAGUUCAACAUCUCCCAAAGUUUCACUCUGACCACUUGCCUAUUCUAACGUCUGUUCAAAGUCAUCAGGACCCUAAUCUUUCUACUACGAGGAGUUUCAAGUUCGAAGCGGUAUGGGCCACAGAUGAUAGGUUUUCGAAAUUUCUAGCUGAUAAUUGGAGCCAAGACCUGCCUCUCCAGCAAGCGCUUGAGGCGGUCACGCCAAAGCUGAUGCAAUGGAGUAAAGAUGUUUUUGGCUCAAUUCAUAAAAGGAAAAUGCGCCUUUUGGCCCGUCUACAGGGAAUUACUACUCGGUUGGCCACCUCCUUCAAUCCAGGGCUGCUCAAGUUGCAAAUCAGAUUAGAAAAGGAUCUGGACGAGGUACUUGCCCAAGAAGAAUUGAUCUGGUUCCAGCGAGCCAAAGAGAAUUGGGUUACUCUCGGGGAGCAAAAUACUUCAUACUUUCAUCAUCAAGCAACGAGACGUAGGAGAAGAAACAAAAUCAUGACCCUACGGGCGGCCAAUGGGGAUUGGAUUGAAGAUCAACAGGAGCCGCUUCAUAUGAUUCUAAGCUUCUAUACAACGCUUUAUAAAGAAGAUAACAACCAAUAUGAAGAUCUCAUGCCCCGUAAUGCCUUUCCCAAGCUGCGGCAAGAGGGGAUAUCAUGAUGCUUCAUCGACCUUUUCAGAUUGCUGAUUUCCACAAAGCUAUUUUUUAGAUGAAACCAUCUUCGGCCUCUGGUCCAAAUGGCUUUCAAGCCAUUUUUUACCAAAAGCUAUGGCCGAUAGUUGGGAAAAGCCUCACUGAGAUGGCCAUUAAGUUCUUUGACACGCGCGGGAGAGAUGGCAGAAGACACCCUGGACUCCACGAUAGUGCUUAUUCCCAAGACUGAUUAGUCGGAGUCACCUACUCAUUUCAGACCGAUUUGUCUGAAUAAUGCGACUCUCAAAGCUGUGACUAAGGCGAUCGCCAACAGAUUAAAGUCGCUGAUGCCUAAACUCAUUGCUCCGAAUAAGAGUGGCUUCAUAAAGGGCAGAUAGACCAACGACAAAAUUAUCCUGCUGCAAGAAACUCUCCACCAUCUUCGCAACAAGAAAGGUCACAAGGGAGGCUUGGUGAUCAAGAUUGACUUAGAAAAAGCUUAUGAUCGGCUGAAGUGGGACUUCAUCAGAGACACUUUGGGAGAGAUUGGGCUUGCUAGCUCCCUUAUCAGCAGAAUCAUGUCUUGCGUGGAACGGAACAAAAUGUGAAUUAACUG